AUGCCUACGGCAUACCGCAUCGAGCUAUCGCCCAACAACCGGGCCGGCUGCAAGGACACCGAAUGCAAGAACAAUGGUGUCAAGAUCUUGAAGGGUGAAUGCCGCCUCGCCACUCUUAUCGAGAUUCAGGAGAAGCAGUCGUGGGCGUACAAGCAUUGGGGCUGCGUUUCGCCUAAAGUCAUCUCCAACAUGCAAGCUCACUGUCAGGGAGAUCUGGGCCUGAUCGAAGGCUACGAAGAGAUGCCCGACGAGUGGCAGGAUAAGAUCGCGAGGGCCCUUGAACAGGGCCACAUAGAUGACGAGGACUACAAGGGAGACCCUCAGUACAAUCGACCUGGGGCAAAGAAACCUCGCACGCCAAAGGCCAAGAAAACCAAGGAUGAAGACGAUAAUGAUGAAGGUGAAGACGGCGAAGAUGGGCCCGAAAGCCCCACCAAACCGGCGCCGAAGAAGCGCGGCAGGCCAAAAGCUGAGCCUGCAGACGAAGAGGCUGAGGCACCCGCGCCGAAGAAGUCCAGGGGCAGACCCAAGAAGGCAGUUGCCGAUGAUGCCGAAGAGGAAGAGGAGAAGCCAAAGCCAAAGCGGGCUUCUAGAGCCAAGAAGCCCAAGGCGACUCAGGCCGAUGCAGCGGACGAAGAAGAUGAUGAAGUCGAGAAUGAGCCCGAACCGCCUAAGGCCAAGCGAGGCCGUAAGAAGAAGGACGCAGAAGAGGCCAACGGCGACGCAGACGAAGCUCCUGCUCCGAAGGCGAAGGGCAAGAAAACCACUGGCGCCGCAUCCGCCAGCAACGGUGUCAAGGCCCCCAGGCAGGUGCCAGAAGGAGCUCCUGACGCCCUUGACGGUCUCACGUUUGUUGUCACCGGUGUCAUCGACGGCUACACCAGGAAGGAGGCCGAAGCGGUCAUCAAACAGUUCGGCGGUAAAACCGCAUCAGGAAUCUCCAAAAAGGUUGACCACAUUGUGCUUGGCACAGACGCUGGCCCUAAGAAGCUCGAGAUGAUUGAGAAGGACAAUCUCUCAACUCUCGACUGGGAUGGCCUGCUGCAGCUCAUCAAGGACCAGUCUUGA